AUGGGUAGUUAUAGAAGGGAAGGUGUAGUGAGGCAGUAUAUAAGAUCAAAGGUUCCUCGUUUAAGAUGGACCCCUGAACUUCAUCGUUGCUUUGUUUAUGCCAUUGAAACUCUUGGAGGUCAUCACAAGGCUACCCCUAAGCUUGUUCUUCAGUUGAUGGAUGUUAAAGGCCUCACUAUUUCACACGUCAAGAGUCAUCUCCAGAUGUACAGAAGCAUGAAAGGUGACUUGGGCAGACAAGAUAGGACUUCCACCCAACAUAGAAAACAAUCUUUUCAGGAGCAUGAUAAUGGAUAUGUUGAUGAAGUGAAUGAUGUUGGUGUUCACCCUUGUUUAAAACCCACUGGAAAAGAAUCUGAUUCCCUCUUCAGCUGCAGUAAUUUCUCCCCAAAAAGAGCUAGAAUCGAUAAGACAAGUUCCCUCUCAGGAAUCCUACAAUGUAGCCAAAGAAUAUGUGAAGCAGUUCCAAAUCCAUACACUACUUUUUAUGAUUAUUGCCUGCAGACCAUAGCUGAGCAGAAUGGAAUAAAGAAGAUUUGUGUUGGUUCAAUAUGGCACACUCAACCCUUUUCCACAACCUUCCCUAUGCUACCAAUGCAAGAAUCAGAUUUGCUCCAGGUACUCAUUCCAUACAGAGACAAUCUAUCUAUUUUUUUCCCAUCUAGGCCUCCAAGUCCAACACCCUUCACUGUUACCAACUUAAAUGACAAAAAACCUUCGAAUGAACUUGGGAACACGAGGAGGGUAUUACGUGCGGAAGAUGAAGACAUAGGAGGUUGUGAGUUGUCAUUGUCGAUUCCAUUGCCAGGUGCUCAUCCUUCUUCUCACAAAAGUAACGCUUCUUCAGCAAGUGAGAUCAGUGAGGCAAUCUCGUUAAGCCCCGACUAUAGCAAUUACGUGGGUUGCUCUAAUUCUUCUACUCUCCAAAACACAAUUAAUUUAGACCUAUCUUUAGCCAUUUGA